AUGGCCGUUGUCUUGCUCAGCCUUGCCGGCGCGUCUGUGCCGCGAGACCGUCUUGGCACGGUGUUGCAGGAUUUGGCUAUUGAGACCCAGCGCUUGAGGGAUGCAGGCUUCGUGGAUGAGCUCGCCUCUCUCGGAGCUGAACUGGAGGACAGCUUGGCCCGAGCCCGGCGUGCCAAAGCCCGCACGCCGCUGCCAGCGCCGGCCCCCGAGCAGCUGCCCCAGCCCAUCGGCGACAUGGCGUCCAGAAUCAGUCGGCAGCUCGAACCCUUCAUUGCGGUGGGCUUGAUUUGCGUCACUGUGGCCCUGAUGAAGGGGAGAAGGCCCUUGGACCUCUUCUCAGUGGACAUCUUUUCCCCCUGGGAGGCGUCCCUUGCCUUCACGUUGUCAUCCCUCACCGGGUUUCUCCUGGUGAACCAAUGGGUUUUGAGCUUCCUGCCGAGCAACCCGUUCACCUUGUACUUUUCGGAGCUGGCGAUUUGCUUCCUUGCGGUGACUACUUGUGUGCCUUUGUUGAUGGGAGGCAGCCAGUUGGCCAUGACAUGGCAUACUGUGGCAUCCUUUGUGGCAGUGAUUGCCUUCGGAGCUUUGUGCCUGGCGGAUGAGAUCAGCCGAGUCGUGUAUUUCUUCUUUGCCCAGGACAGUGCCCAGGCUGAGAGUGAGGAUGACGGCCUGGUGGUGGUGCCCUGCUUUGUGGUGUUUGUGCUCUAUUUUGGGCUUUUCAGCAUUUCCCUCAUGAAGGUGGCUCACAAAUGCGGCAUCCCAUGGUCCUGCUUGGAGCCAUACAGCGUGGCCUGUGUCCGCUCAUGCAAAGCCUACGUCGCGGCGCGGCUGGCGGGCCGGGCCUCCGCCAGCGAGGCCCCGGUGCCCCUGCCGGCGGCGGUGCUGGUGCAGGUGGUGGGCGUCGGCGCCUUCAUGGCGAUGAUCAUCCUGCAGUUCGGCUACGUGGCCUGGGUGAGAUACAAUGAGCUGAGACAGUUGGCGGUGGCAUUGCUGAGGCCAAUCGAUCCCAUAUUUCGGAUGGCAGGCGCUCCGCUGCCGAUGGAUACCGUGGACUUCGCCAUGCCCAGGAUCCUGGUCAGCUUCUACCUGGCCCUGGGGUGUGGCGCCUUGUACGAGUUCUGGCUCAUGCGUUCUGUGCUCCGAGGGUACCGCAGGAUGUUCUCGGACUUUGCCAUGGGCCGCCGCUACCAUGGGGAGGAGCUGGUGCGAAGUGCAGGGCCAAGGACCUUCCAUGCCCAAUGGGCCACUUAUUGCUGUGGAGCUCUCAUAGGCAAUGCAGCGAUGGCUUUAGUGCUGCUCAUGUUUAUUCUGUGGAUGCUCUUCCUCGUGCUGAGCCUGCCACAGUUCUGGGAGAUGAACUGGCAGCUGCGGAAUUGGUGGAUCGUUUACGGGCUCACCUACAUCACGCGCUGGAGCGUCUUCAAGUUUGUCAUCCCCCAGAAGGUGGUCACUGAUGAUGGGUCUGUGCUUCGCAGACGCGUCUGGGACCUGGUGUUCCCCACCCUGACCCUUCUGAACUUUGUCUUGGGCGCCACCAGUGGGGUCAUCCGAACCUUGGUGGUUGCGCCGUAUCUGCUCAUUCAUUUCUUCAGGAUAGACAUCACCUACCUGCCGAGCGACCUUUGUGAUUGGGACUGGUCAUUCCAACCUUUCGUUUCCCUGGUGAUGCAUUCGCACAGGCGGCUGAACCCCAUCCUGGUGGCCACGGUGGCCGAGCUCGCCCAGGCGGCUCAGGCCGCGAGCCACGCGGACGUUCAGACUGGCGAGCCGAACCUCGCCGAUGCAGAGCAGGAGAUGAGCCGCAUAGCCGGUUUGACGACUCCACAGCUUGCUCCGGUGCGCGCACGUACCGAGCCGGGCCCGAGUGGACGAACCCGACGGGCGCGGCAGAGAUGGCAGCUGGCGCUGGUUUUGGCACAGAACCCGUCCCUGCGGAAGAUGCGCAAGACCUACGACGGGCGCGCCGAAAGUGCCCCUAGCCAGCUGCAACGACCGCCACUCCAGCGCGAGGCCACCAUGCCGCUGCAGCUGCCCGGGCUACCGUCACGGCGCUUGGAGAGCGCUGGCUCGUCUUUUUGGAGCCCAAUCAACUGGGCGCGAGGAGCACGAACACCGUUGCUCAGUGAAGCGGCGGCCGUUUAUCCAGAAGUGGUUCAGGAGGACUGCGGGCAUUGA